AUGGAACACCACACCCUGCAACACACAACGUCCAUAACGGAACACAUACGACAUGGCACAACGUCCCUAACGGAACACAAACGGCGGGCCCCAACGUCCCUAACGGAACACAAACGGCGUGGCACAACGUCCAUAACAGAACCCAAACGGCGGGCCACAACGUACAUAACGGAACACAAACGGCCGGACACAACGUCCAUAACGGAUCACAUACGACAUGGCACAACGACCAUAACGGAACACAUACGACAUGACACAACGUCCAUAACGGAUCACAAACGGCGGGGCACAACGCCCAUAACAGAACACAUACGGCAUGGCACAACGACCAUAACGGAACACAUACGACAUGUCACAACGUCCAUAACGGAAAAAAUACGACGGGGCACAACGUCCAUAAAGGAACACAAACGGCGGGCCACACCGUCCAUAACGGAACACAACCGGCGGUGCACAACGUCCAUAACGGACCACAAACGGCGGGGCACAACGUCGAUAACGGAGCGCAAACGGCGGGGCACAACGUCGAUAACGGAGCGCAAACGGCGGGGCACAACGUCGAUAACGGAGCGCAAACGGCGGGGCACAACGUCGAUAACGGAGCGCAAACGGCGGGGCACAACGUUCAUAACGGGACACAAACGGCGGGGCACAACGUCGAUAACGGAGCGCAAACGGCGGGGCACAACGUCGAUAACGGAGCGCAAACGGCGGGGCACAACGUCGAUAACGGAGCGCAAACGGCGGGGCACAACGUCGAUAACGGAGCGCAAACGGCGGGGCACAACGUCGAUAACGGAGCGCAAACGGCGGGGCACAACGUCCACCACGGAACACAACCGGCGGGGCACAACGUCCAAAACGGAACACAAACGGCGGGCCACAAAGUCCAUAAAGGAACACAAACGGCGGGGCCCAAAAACACACACGGCGCUGCACAACGUCCAUAACGGACCACAAACGGCGGGACACAACGCCCAUAACGGAACACAUACGGCGGGGCACAACGUCCAAAACGGAACACAAACGGCGGGGCACAACGCCCAUAACGGAACACAUACGGCGGGGCACAAUACUGGACAUAACACGGCGCAGCAUGUGACCAGUGCCCCAUAUAACUUUCCAGCAGUUGGAUUUCACGUCGUCCUUACUCCGGACUAUCUGACCGUUCCUCACGAUGAAACCGUCGUCUUUGACCAUUCCUUGGUAAACGUAGGAGGCGCAUAUGACAUCACGCACGGACACUUCACGGCGACUGUCUCGGGGUUGUACUCCUUCACAGCUAACAUCGAAUUUAGAAGUUCAGACACCGCUACGCUGGACUUCUCCAUUGUCAAAAAUGGAGACAGUAUUGCUCGUGUAUAUGUGUAUGGAUCGGGCACGAGUAUUAGGACGGUAGUCGUGCUCCUAGAUGUCGGGGACAUUGUAUGGCUGAAGAACAACGUCGACAACCACCCCAGAAUGUACGGAGAGGGGCUCAGCACCUUUUCUGGGUUUCUAAUUGCGCCUGUCCAUUAACUGUAAAAUGAUGAAUGACCAAGACGGAUGUCAAAUUCGCAAUCAGGAAGAUUAUACAAAACGUUGAUCCAAUCAUAUCACGGCAUAUCCUAGAACGCAGUGUUUGAUCCAAUCAGAUCACGGCAUAUCCCAGAACGCAGUGUUUGAUCCAAUCAGAUCACGACAUAUCCUUAAAAGCAGUGUUUUGUUUAAACUUUCUUUUUGUGAAAUUUACAUUUUUUGACUCUGAAAUAGUUUAUAUUUAAACAAAGUGUAUCUAACUUGUGGUUUUUCUGAGAACAUUAAUUAUUAUUUACUUGUCGUAAAUUCAAACUCACAUUAACAAUGUUCUGAUUACUAUCUGAUUUUUCCCAUUUUGAAUAUUUUAAUUUUGAUGUCGUUUUGAACAGAGACCUUAAGUAAAUUUAGGUCUAUGUUUUGAAUAAACAGAGCAUAUAAUUUACACAAAACAUGUUGCUAGUGUUAUCCUUUAUAUGAAGGAAGUCUCAAGUUUUCUCCAAACCAUGUAGGUUGGAAGUUUUAUUUCAAAAAAUCCUAUUGGGAUCAUUCGCGUCCCUUGAAUACAGUGCAGAAUAAAAGCGGACUUAUAAUUUGAAUACAGUUUACAAAAUCCGUACGAUUUUGUACUUAAUCUCAAAGUCUUCCUAACAAAACUUAAGAACGUUUGAAGUCUGUCGCAUGCUGUAAAAACCCAGAGGAUAUAUUCUGAUAGGACUUUAUUCGAAAUGCUUGUUGUUUUCAAUAUUUCGAGUGCUAAAAUACGCCAAAUUCGAGCUGUUUGUUUUCAGUUCAUGCUCAUUUUUUCUAAGAAAGAAAUGGACAGAACGUUUCAAUUGCUAGUCUACAUAUAUUCAAAUCGAAUGAAGUUUAAGGCCGUAAGCGCCUCUUUGAGGGGCGGAACACGUUUGAAGAAG